GAGCGUGGCAGUCGAGGGCACAUCUGGGUCGAUAAUAUCCAUAUGAGCUCCAGCAUCGAGCUUGAGCAGUGUACACAACCCUUCGCUGCAUUCCCCCCUGAAAUGACUGAGCGAAGACCCGAAGACCUUGGAAAUAAACGUCUAUUCAAUGUCAGAGAGCGCAUUGGUCAAGGGUUCCCAUUCCCUGCCUGGACCACACCCAACCCCUCACGAGAACCUCCAGUGACGCGGAUCUCAGAGAAAGACAACGCCUGGCUGUACACCCUUGAUCCCAUCCUGGUCACCAUCAUCGUCAUGAGUUCCCUGGGCGUUCUGUUGGGAGCGGUUUGCGCCGGGCUCCUGCUCUACUGCACCUGCUCCUACAACGGCCUGUCAUCCCGCAGCACCACCACGCUGGAGAACUACAACUUCGAGCUGUACGAUGGCAUCAAGCACAAGGUGAAGAUCAACCAGCAGCGCUGCUGUUCCGAUGCCUGAUGGCAGGCGAUCAGGAGAGGCACUCUGUCCGCUUGUGAACUGGUGUCGGCCUGAUCCAAAACUGUGAAUGGACCUCACGGCACUAAUAUAGGGCUGAUCUCUGACCGGGAUUGUUGAAGGAUCACUGGGAGCAUAGAGGCUUCCUGUGGACAGCUCAAUGGGAGUGAAUCGUGAUCAACACAUAUCAACCUAAUGACUUUCUACCCCUCAAAAAAGAAAAAUAACUUUAAAGAAAUGUAUAUUGCUAUAGAUUUGUAAAGAAAAAUACAACCUAAUAAUCCUUAAUGGAAGAUAGAAGAGAGGGAGAGGCACUCGGACUAGAAGACAGAUUGCUUGUGAAAUCUCGGCCUCCAUUGUGUGAACGCUGUGGCCUAGAAUAUUGUAGACAUUUGCUUUAGUUUAGACUCGUGUCUCUUCACUGACUCGCUUAAGUUCCCAUCCCAUCCUGUCUUUUGCCACUUUCACAACCGUUUUGAAGUGUCAACGCCUCUUAUGAAUGUUUUAUACUUCAGUCUGUUUGUAGCAUAUUGUUUUUGUUGUGGCCAUUAGACAACGAGAAAGGAAACACGCUGUAUUACGUUCAGAAAAAUCCUUUUAGAUUGAAGUAUUAGGAUUGUCUUUUGUGUCUAUUUUUUCUCUUUUCCUUUAUUUUUUUGCUUUUUUUGCUUUGACUGUUUGAUUUCUAAGCAUAGCGUUGAAGACUCUGUGCUGACAAUUCAAACUAAUUCAUCGCAACCUAUGGAUUGCUAAGGAUUCAGAGCCACUGAGCUAAAAAGUGUUGAGAGAGUGGAAAGAGAGAGAGAGCAUCUUCAGUUCUCUCCUCCUCUCUUUACCCUAUUCUUGAAGUAACAAAGACUCAAGCUGGCAGAGCGACUUUGGUGAAGGAGCUGGAAAAUCCCCAAGCCACUUUCAUGUACAAACAAUCAAGCCUUAAGCAAACUGUUUUGGAGGAGAGCCAUUUUGAAACACCAGUCCUUGGGUUUGAAGCCACUGGGGCCUCGGAGGAGUCAGGCCUUACACUUGCUUUCUUUCAUUUCACCUGUCUGUUUUCUCCAUGGUUUAUUUUGGGCUGCUGAAAAUGAAGGCUAACAAGACCAGGUUUGGUGCAAGCCUGAGAGAAGGGUGAGAAUUUCACAGAACGUUUCACCUCGAGGUGAAGAGAGGGAUAGAACGAGUACACACAUGGGGGAAGUGUGUGUACAUUUCUUUAUUGUACCUCAGACUGGCCUCUUGCUCCCCAGAGCCACGCUGGGAGUUCUGUUGACUUGUGGGUAAGCGAGAGGGGUGGAGGGGCUCGUCUUAUUAGGGAGUGCGGAAAGCAGCCGGAGACACGGAUUGUUCAGUUGUUGGGGGAGAGAGCGAUGAAGAGGGAGAGAUUGUGUGUAUUCAGCUCGGUUUUUAUUGGACUCUGUUGACUCUUUUCCAAGUGCCUUGGAGCUCUGGCCUGUUUUGGCUUUGCUGCAGAGCUGUGAUAGAUAGUAUUACCUCGUCUGUCUGGGACAGGAGGCCAACACCAAAAGACAUGGAGAUCCCGGCACUGGUCAGAACAUUCAAAAAUUGUUGUUUGUAGACUUU